GCGAGUAAAAGAAAUCAACUUGUUUCUUCGCUGUGUAUAAUAUGCGAACACUUUGCAGAGUAAAGUUUUUGGAGAUCUUCGCUCUGACGCAAGAUCUCUCUUUGCCUGAGAUCUCAGCGAUUUUGCUCGCAUUCCGUACAAUCGCAGUAACGGGUCUCUUCUAGAUCUAUAUCUCUAUUAGAUCCACUUUUUAGAUCAAAUUUCCCCCCAAAAAGGAAAAAAAGUUUUCACUUUUUCUCCACCAUCUGUUACCACGCUUCUGUGAUUUUCUUCCUCGGCAAACGCUCAAAAAGUUUUUGCAGAUUGAAGGGGUUUUAUAAUGGAUUUGCGUUUCAUUUUCCCCAGAAGAAGCGCUUUAUCUGUCUUCCUUCUCAUUCUUCUGCUCGUUUUCACCGUCUCCGGUCAGGAUUCUUUGGUGGAAAAUGAGGAAGAAUUAACCAAUGGAUCCAAAGAUCUGAGCCGUCGCAGCAAGAUCAAUUUGAGAGACCUUGAGAGGGAUGCUAUUGGAGACAAGAGUGAUGUCGAUGUUGUUGCUUUUGGUCUGAACGUGGACUCUGGUCUUGGAGUUUUUGAUGCGUUUGUAGCAAGCUUUUCCAUGAUUAUGGUUAGCGAGAUUGGAGAUGAGACAUUUAUAAUAGCAGCUCUUAUGGCAAUGCGACACCCUAAGUCAAUUGUUUUAUCCGGUGCACUUAGUGCCUUGGUUGUAAUGACAGUACUUUCCACUGGGCUGGGUAGGAUUGUGCCAAAUUUGAUAUCCAGGAAGCAUACAAAUAAUGCAGCUACAGUCCUCUAUGCAUUUUUUGGAUUGCGGUUGCUUUACAUUGCUUGGAGAUCAGAUUCAAAAGCAUCCCAGAAAAAAGAAAUGGAAGAAGUUGAGGAGAAACUCGAGGGUGGUCAAGGAAAGACAAGCUUUAGGCGCUUCUUUUCCAGAUUUUGUACACCAAUAUUUUUGGAGUCAUUUGUUUUGACAUUUCUAGCCGAAUGGGGUGAUCGUAGCCAAAUAGCAACAAUUGCUCUGGCAACACACAAAAAUGCAAUUGGAGUUGCUGUAGGGGCAACGCUGGGACACACCAUUUGUACAUCCGUGGCUGUAGUUGGGGGGAGCAUGCUGGCGUCCAAAAUCUCCCAAGGCACAGUAGCUACAAUUGGAGGCCUACUUUUUCUUGGAUUUUCCUUGUCUUCCUAUUUCUAUCCUCCCAUGUAAGCGUGAUGUUGUAGGCUAACCUGAUUCUUUUGGAGCAUCAAUGCUCUUCACUUCAGUAUUUCCUUUCGUUUUUGUUUUUUUGUGUUUUUUUUUUUUUUUUUUUUUUUUUUUUUUUGGGUCUUUUUGUUACUCAUUCCCUGCAAGUCUGUGAUAGGAUAGGUUCACUACGAACUGGUUAAUGCCAUAUUUUUUGCUUAUUCAUUUGUAAAAUGUUAGCAUUUAUAGAAAUAUAUUAAUGGCUUUCCUCCAAAUUUUA